AAACCACCUCUCUCUCCCCCUCCAACACACACAGCUCUCCACACUCUCUCUCUCCCUCUCUCACACACACAUGUUCUUCUCCUCUGCAAAAUGAGGAAUUUAAGCACGCCUGAUUCUUAGUUUCAUCAUUUCUAUCAACAACAACAACAAUACACAAUGGUUUCAUCUCCUUCUCAUGGAGCCAUUGAAAAGAAGCACUGGUGGCUCACAAACAAAAAGAUUGUUGACAUGUACGUAAAGGACGCGAGAUCCUUAAUCGCAUCACAACAACAGACCAACAUUUCAUCCGCCAUUAACCUCCUUGAUGCUGCACUAGCUCUUUCACCGAGAUAUGAAACAGCUAUGGAGUUAAAAGCUUCGUCUCUUCUUCACCUAAGAAGGUAUAAAGAAGUUGCAGAUAUGCUUCAGGAUUACAUCCCCAGCGUCAAGAUAUCAUCCGACUACUCAUCAUCCUCAUCGUCUUCGUCUUCCUCAAGUUCUUCGUUGUCUGAUAACUCACAACCGCUCGCUAGAGAGCGAGUGAAACUUUUGUCAACCGGUGACUCACCGGAUCGAUCGGAGCGAUCGAUCAGGUGUUUCUCUGUUUCCGAUUUGAAAAAGAGAGUCAUGGCCGGUCUAAACAAAAAUCGUGACAGAGAAGGUCAAUGGAGGUACUUGAUUCUAGGUCAAGCAUGUUGCCACCUAGGGUUAAUGGAGGACGCGAUGGCUCUUUUACAAACCGGAAAACGCCUCGCUUCCGCGGCAUUCCGCCGCGAAAGCAUUUGCUGGUCGGACGACAGUUUCACUUUCUCUGGCAUCAACAACCAACAAACAUGUUCAUCAGACUCUGAAAGCAUUUGUAACCUCCUCAGCCACAUAAAACUCCUCCUUCGUCGCAAAACGGCCGCAAUUGCCGCCAUGGAAGCCGGUUUAUACACCGAAUCCAUUAGACAUUUCUCCAAAAUCGUUGACGGUCGCCGCGGUGCGCCUCAAAGCUUCCUAGCUGAAUGCUACAUGCACCGCGCCACAGCGUACCAAUCCUCGGGUAGAAUAGCCGAAGCUAUAGCGGAUUGUAAUCGAACAUUAGCGUUAGAUCCGUCGUGUAUUGAAGCUUUAACCACCCGAGCUUCGCUUUUUAAAUCGAUUCAGUGUUUUACUGAUUCGCUUCAUGAUCUCGAACACCUUAAACUGUUGUACAACUCAAUUCUCCGUGACAGAAAACUCCCCGGUCCAGUAUGGAAACGGCAGAGCUUCGGUUACCACGAGAUUCCAGGAAACCUGUGUUCAAUUGCUACGAAGAUUCAAGAACUUAAACAACGCGUAGCUUCUGGAGAAUUCGGAAACGUGGAUUACUACGCAUUAAUGGGACUAAGACGCGGGUGUUCACGGUCCGAAUUGGAAAGAUCAUAUUUGUUGCUUACCUUGCGGCACAAGCCGGAUAAAUCGACUAAUUUCAUCGACCGGUGUGAGUUUUCGGAUGAACAAGAUAUAGACUCGGUUAAAGAGCGAGCCCGAAUGCAAUCCCUAUUGUUGUAUAGAUUAAUUCAAAAAGGGUACACAAUGCUCACGCGGAAUUUGAUGGAGGAGGAAGCUUCGGAUAAAAAUAGGAAGAAAGCUUCUGCUGCGGCGUUACAACAAGCGAUUAAACAUGACGAACAAAAGCAAUCGUCAAAAUGUGUUGAAAAGAAAAAUGCAUUUCAAGGGGUGUUUUGUAGAGAUCUUGCAGUUGUUGGUAAUUUAUUGUCACAAACCGGGUUUAAUCGUCCAAUUCAGGUGAAAUAUGAAGGGUUAAGUUGUUAGAUGAUUAAUAAAUAAUAUUGGUUGUUACAAAAUUGGUGCUUGGAAGAUUAAGAUUAUGAUGAAGAAUUAAUCCGAGUAAGGAUUAAUGAAUGUACAAAUUCAAUUUUGUCAGUGGUUGUUUCUCUUUUUUUAUGUUUUUCCACAUUUUCACUCUAUUUUCUUGUUUA